CUCUGAGAAGGCGAGCAUAUGUCUAGCAGUUGGAAAAACAGAUUUUCUUCUCUCAGCUCGAGGGGGUGAGAAGAAAGGAGGGAGUGGCUCCUGCCCGCACAUGAUGUGGCUGACUCUUAUUUACAGUUGCACCGGUGGAGCAGCGCUUCUGUAUGCUCUGUACAGAUGGGUGAUCCCUGCCGUUGUUCAGUAUCAUGGAGGAUUGGCGCUGCUUUGGCAUGAUGUCAUCGUGGAGCGGAUGCUGGACACACUGACCCAGUCCACUCGUCCUCAGCGGCUCCUGAGUGCAGUUCAGAGGAACGCCACUAGAGGGGACCCUCGCAGCGUGGUCAGAGCCAUCGAUGAGUUCUGCAGACACAAGGAGUGGGCCAUGAAUGUGGGGGAUGAGAAAGGCUGCAUUCUCGACUCAGUGGUGACUGAGGUGAACCCCCACACUGUGUUGGAGCUGGGAACCUACUGUGGCUACUCCACGGUGCGGCUUGCCAGCCUGCUGCCCCCUCACGCCAAACUCAUCACUCUUGAGUUUAACCCAGACUAUGCUGCAGUUGCUCAUCAAGUCAUUGCCUGGGCAGGAGUUGACGACAAGGUGCAGUUAGUCCAAGGCGCCUCUGGCGACUGGAUCCCCAAAUUGAAAGAGCAGUUCGGGAUUCAAACAUUUGAUUUGGUUUUCCUGGAUCACUGGAAGGAUCGCUACCUUCCUGACACAAAACUGAUUGAGGAGUGCGGCCUCCUCAGGAAAGGCAGCGUCCUGCUGGCGGACAACGUCAUCUGCCCCGGAACUCCUGACUACCUGGAGUACGUCCGGAGCAGCCAGCAAUACAAAAGCCAGUACUUCAAAUCUCACCUGGAGUACACCAAAGUGGAGGACGGCUUGGAGAAAUCUGUCUUCUUAGGGUAGUUCUCUAUCAGUCUCAUAUUUAACACAGGCACUAGUAAACGUCAGAUCUCUGAUGUCUUGGGUUCACUGAGCAGACUUAAAACUCACAUUGUGUCAUUUUCUGCUGCCCUUGCAAUCAAAUCAAUAAUAUAAGAUGGAUUUUGGUGACAUUUUGGAGUAGCAUGGGAUCAUGGGAGUCGUUGUCUUCUCCACCACUGCAGUCAGCGACUCCCUCAAUGUAAAUCUUUCAGGAGGGUUUUAGGAAGAGCUGGAUUGUCUGCAGAAGUCCCCUCCUCUCCAAGACAGGAAGGGAUGAGGCCAUUGACAGGCGGCUACAUGAAACAGACUGUUACUGUGAUUAAAAGAGAUAGUGUAAGAACACAACUGAGCUCAGUAUGAAGCAUAAGUCCAGUCGUUUUUACACAUUUACCUUUAAAAUCUGAUUCUGAUUGUGGUUUUCCAAUAUGUGCAAAUGUUCAC